AUGUCUCCAAAUUUCCAUCGAUAUCAGGAUCGAUAUAACUCCUUCUGCCACAUUUAUAACAUUGAGGGUAAACGUUGUUCGUGGCCAUAUCGAGUAAUCCCUACGAAAGCUAUGGCUCAAAUGGGGUUUGAAUUCCAGCCCACGAUAAAUGGCGACAUCUUGAGCCGCGACUGUGUAAGUUGUUCUUUCUGUGGUGGCAAGAGCUACGAUUUUCACGAUUGCAGGGUAAAGCCAUUGACAGCGACGCUGGCCAAAGUCUUAGAAAAACAUUUGCAAAGACAUUCCAGUUGUUUGCAUUCAGCGCUUAAACUUGUGCUUCUCAAAUCCUUCUGGAAGAGCAAGCCAAUCGAGUGGAGAGAAGAACUGUCCUUAGGCGAUCCACACAGCAACGAAAUGGUGAGACUGCGACAGUGGACGUUUAAUGAAGGCUGGAUACAUGGAAGCGAAAGAUCAAUUUCCUCAAAGUCAAUGGCGAAAGCUGGACUUCUACGCUACGAAUUGGGGUUGUCAUCUCCCGAGCUGCAAGAAGAACACCCCGACGCAACAUACUGCAUAUACUGCAGUAAGAUUAUAGGAUCUUGGGAACCGGACGAUGACCCAGUAUGGGAACAUUUCGUUUGCUCUAAUGGUGGACGAUGUCACUUUUUUCAGACCAUGGCAGACACACAAUUUAUUCAAGAAAUGAAAUCAAAGUAUGAUAUUGAAGGCCUUGGUAGUGAUGAAAACGUAUUGCCUUCUUUGGACUACUAUGAAACUUUUGGAACACAACUAAAGAAGUUUGAGGACCAAACGUCAAUUGAAGAAUCGCAGAUCAAACGAGGUAGACCGAAAUCCCGUGAUGGUAGCGAACCAUCUCGGGAAUUGAAGAAGCGUGGGCGCCCACGAAAGGAGAAACAAACGGAAGACGAACCUGAUGUCGCCAACAGCAACCCUAUGCCUGACUCCGAGGUCGAGCGGCCACCUCCAAUAAAACGUAAGCGGGGUCGACCCAAAAAAAUUAUAGAUGAAGAUCCCAGUGUAGUCAAACAAAAGCGACCCAGAGGGAGGCCGCGCAAGGACUUUUCAUCACUUGGCGAACAAGGUCAAUUAACAAACAGCAUGUCCCCGCCGUCUACUAAAGCUAAUUCGAAUGAUUUGAUGGGGUCGAUAACGGCUCAAACGCCGCCUCUUGUUGAGCCGCUGGCGCGCCCGCAAUCUAAAUCGCCAAGCGUUGCUCAAACGAGUCAACACACCUCUCGCGAAAACAUCGAUGAGCCGCUCAAAGAAUAUGAAGCUUUGUUACCAGCAGAUGGAGAUAAAACUCCCCCAAAGCGACGAAUUAGGAUAAGGCAAAAUCAAAAUGUCGCUGCGGCUGACAUUCUGGAUCCUGUCGAUAGUGACGUUAAUUCUACAAAAAGCAUCGUAUUAAAUUUCAAUAACCGAACACCAGAAAGCAAAAAUGAAGCCCGGAAUCCUAUUAUAGAUGAUAGUUUCGACGCAUUCAGUUUUAGUACACAUGGUAAUAGUGAGUUCAUUAUUCCAGAGAGUGCUUUUCAAUCGAAAAUUAACAGCAAACGCCAGUUUCCACCCGAAUUAGAAAACACUGGUCACUCGGAUACUCCCGAGAACCAGGAAAGUUCAUCGUUAGAUAAUGGCGCUGUGAAUUUGUCUCCCGCAUCCAAGAGCUACGAGCCUCCUAUCGGAGUGCUUGAUAAUAUCGACAUGAACGUGAAUAUAAGUGAAGACUCGGACGAUGACGAUGAAGAUGUUGUUCCGCGGUCAGAUGCCUCUAAACCUUCAAACCCACCCAAGAAGUCCAUUUUUAUAGGCGCACAGGAGAAAAUGGACCUCUCCGAUAGGCUUACUGCUGAACUCAGCUCGCUAAUCAAUAACGCGACUCCAAAUAGCGCAGUUGAACUUUCGGCAAACGCUAAAAAUGACAGUUCUUUGGUUAAGUCUGAUAAAAUAUUAGAGGAGACCUCUGAGACCUCCGAGGAACGUACGGUUAGGAGUCUUCGUGUGAGCUCCCUUGCUACCGAGAGGUUACCGGGCGAUAGCAUAAACAUCCUUGUAGGACGAAGACCGAACUACGAAAGACUUUCAUCGAACUCUGAAAAUGAAAUUAAAAACAAUCAUAUUGAGGAAUCAACCGCCGUCAUUAGAGCGCCAGAUGCUGUUCAAGCUCAGCAAACGAGGAAUGCAUCAACAACGGACAAAUCGCUGAAUCCUUCGGCAGUCCGCGAAGAUAAUGUCUCCACAGAUCGCGGGGACAUUACUUACAGCAGGUUAGAUGAAAGCCGUGCAUUGUUGGGUAAUUAUUUUCGUAAGCUGCUCAGGUAUAUCAACUUGAAUGAUGCUUCCUUGUCGAAUGAAAUAGAUGGAGACUUAAGCUUUUUCGUUAAGCAUAUGCCUCAGGUUGAAAAGGAACUUACGUUUUCCGCUUGGAUUGACAGAAAGGAGCUUGAGCUGAGAGAAGAGUUUGACAGGGAUUACAAAAUGAAAAUUGCGAAAUUAGAGAGGCAAUUUCAAGUAGCUCGCAGUUACUUAGAAAACAUAGACAAUGAUGACUUUCUACUAAAAAUGGCCGAAACUUACAAUAUACCAACAAACAGUCCAAGAUCACAAUAG